AUGGACACAGAUUCUAAUCCAUGCUUUUUGUUAUUGCAUGGACCUAUCUGAGGAUGCUAGUAUGAUCAUUUCACGAGUUUAUGACGUCAACUUAGAAAGCCAAAAGCACUGCCAAACUGGAAUCCAAACAGCUCACAGAGGCUUGGUGAGGCUUUGCCAACAGAACUGAUAUACAGGAUUUUUUUUCCAUAAGCUUUGUGAGUUAUCCAGUUUCUGUGGCAUGAAAAUAAAGAGCUUGGACCUUUCAAGAGAAGCCCGGAAGAAAAUUGUAUUUGAGCUUUUUAUCAUCAACUGGCCUUGUGUAAUUGUGCUAAUUCAUGAUGUUCUUGAGGUGAAGGACUCGGUUCAUGAAUCGCGUCCUUCAUCUCAACAUCAUGAUGGAGUAGCUAUUAUAGAAUAUCAUUUCGAACCUGGGAUAGAUAGAAGUAUAUGUAUACAGUGUAGCCUAGCACAAGUAUAUGCUGGCAUAAUGUUGUUUAAUAUCCACAAGUUGAUUUCAAGUCCUA